GGCCGGACCAUGGUUCUACGGCGGGAGCCCCAACUGCCUGAGGUCUCCCCAGCCAGCUGAGUCCCACCCAGCAUGCUGCCCUGAUCCCAGGGCAAAUUCUCAGACAGCUAGGAGUUUGCCGGUGUGAUUCUCUCAGCCCAGAAGAUCUCAAGGCCCCAGAGGUCCCCUUCUCACUGGCCUUGGGAGGAGACAGCAUGGCCACUGCUGUACAGAGCAGUGAACUGGUAUUUGAGUUUGCCAACGGCGGGAUGGAAGAAAUCCAGCAGCUGGACGAUCCCUCCGUGUUUCCAGCGGUGAUUGUAGAGCAGCUGCCCUGCCCAGAACUGCUGCACCUCUACUCUGGACUGGACCGCGAUGAAGUUCCCAAUGGCAUCAUGGUGGACCGGGACCUGGGGGUGGCCGAAGGGCAGAUCCUGGAGGGAGGCCUUGUGGUGUCAGAUGACAACAACCAGACGGUGAUGGCCACCGAAGUCCUGCUUGAUGUGGAGGCUCCCAACAACAUACUGGAUGAAAGUCGCAUGUUCAGUGGCUCCGGGCUGUUCACUGAGCAGGACUCUUCCGGGGCCUUCACCAACUGUGUGCUUUCUGCCUCCUCGGGGGCAGACAUCCCGACUGGCGGGAAUGUGACUGUUGAGGGGUUCUCCGUGCCAGAGGACAGUCCCAUGGACAAAGACCUCGGGAGGCCUCUGCCAAUGAGGUCAAAGAAGAAAGUCCAGAAGGCAAAAGCACCCCGUUGUCCCUCACCAGUCAGUGAGCCCAACUUUCCCAUCCGGAAGAAGUCCAAGGAUGGCAAAGGGAAUACCAUCUACCUUUGGGAGUUCCUGCUGGCUCUCCUGCAGGACAAGAACACCUGUCCCAAGUACAUCAAGUGGACCCAGCGUGAGAAGGGCAUCUUCAAGCUUGUGGACUCCAAGGCUGUGUCAAAGCUGUGGGGGAAGCAGAAAAACAAGCCAGACAUGAACUAUGAGACCAUGGGACGAGCACUGAGGUAUUAUUAUCAGAGGGGCAUCCUCUCCAAGGUGGAAGGGCAGAGGCUGGUGUACCAGUUCAAGGAGAUGCCCAAAGACCUGGUGAUAAUUGAAGAUGAAGAGGGUGAUGAAGCCAGUGCCGAACUCCAACAGACCCCACCUCCACGCCGAGCUGCUUCUAAGGCUGUAGCCCGGCCUUCCACCCAGCAGAAGAAGGAUCCUCCUAGGGAGGCUCUGCAACAAGGCCCACAGGCAGCACUCAGCCUGCAAGCAAUGGCCAAGGAGAGCUCAGCUGCUGCUGUAACAGCCCCUCCUGGUGAGGCUCGGGGGACCCUGGCUCACACAGUCAGUACACCUUUGGUUCCUAACCACGGUGGAGUGUCUGCAGCGGGAGCCAGCUCAGGCCUGGGAGCUCUGACCCUUCAGACCAUCCCACUGGCCACAGUGCUGGCCAGUGGCUCCUCGGCCACCUCGGCCACCUCACCCCAAAUUGUCCUCCAGGGGGUCCCUUCAGCCUCGGCCUUCAAGGACAUUGUCACCCUGCAGGCUGCCUUCCCUCUGGGCUCCAGCUUCCCAGAGGGCUCGGCCGCAGCAGGGCGUCCGUUUGUCCUCAGCAGCCUCUCAUCAGCAGCCCUUGGGCCUGCAUCCAGGCCCCCGGGGACCCUGGUUGCUGCUAUCAUUAGGACUCCAGGAGUGAAGGAGGCACUUCCCGGGUCUCCUUCCUACCUGCAGGGUGUCGUGCCUGAUGAGGCCCUGAGGCAGCCUCAGCAGCUUCAGCUGCAGGGGCUCCUGGGCAACUCCCAGCCCCAUGAAGCCCCAGGGAUCCCGGUGCUGCCCCAGCCCCCCGCCAGCUGCCCCUCUGUGGGCCUGACCCCCGUGGCUGAACUGGAACUCGCCACCAGCCCAGGGGCCCUGCUGGUAGCUGAGCCCAAUCUGACCCAAUCGGGAGUGGUGCUGGCUGGGGGCCUGGGCCCUUUCCAGGAGCCCAGGACUGGAGCUGAAGGAGGUAGGGGAGAAGGGGAACUCUAAAGAGAGGAAUCUCUGGCCCUCUUUGGAGAUGGACUCCUCGCUGGAGCUCCACAUACCAGUCAAGUGCCAGGGCCAUCUCUAGGUGAAUCUCUUAUGGCUGCCAUCUUGAAUGGAACCUUCCUCUCCCCCUCUCCUUGGUGCUUGCUUUAGCGAGCCUGGGGGAGCCUGGCAGAGAAGGCAAGGGCACCACCAAGCAUGGGGUGGGGGGAGCUCUCCACCAUCAGCCUUAUCGUUUAUGCCCAAGCCCCCCUGGGACCCUCUGUGUUAAAGAACCUGGCCUCUAACCUUGCUGCAUCUGGGAGAGGCCCGUCCAGUUGUGCCAACCAGGGCCUGCCUAGAAGCAGCAAGGAGCAGUGGAAAAGGCCUGGAUUUCGAGCCACAUUCCGUGGGUUUGGAUCUCAGCUCUGCCACUCCCCAACUCUGUGAUCUUGGGCAAGUCCCUUCACCUUACUGAGCCUCAGUUUCCUUAUCUGUAAAAUGAGGGGUUGGACUAGAUAAUUAAUCUCUUAAGGCCCUCUCCAACAAAUGCCAGCAAGAAGUCAAGGAAACCUGUCACCAGCCCUUUGCCAUUUUUGACCAUAAUUAGUUGGGCAUCCCUGGAGCCAAGCCCUGGGCUUCAGGGGCAUCCAGAGAUAUGCACCUUCAGAGAAAAAUGACCCCGAGCUGGUGGGUGGAGAGGUGGCUCCGUAUCCUGGAGGAGGUCGGUGCCCACAAAAGCCCCCACUUAGGCUGGGCAGUGCUAAUUUCUGGGUGCUGUUUCCAUUGCCCUAACUAGACUGUGAGCUCCU